UAACAUUCAGCACCGUGGCCAGUGCCUCGCUUUGUCUUCAAAAUACAUUAGCAGUUCCUGUUUUGACAACACCUGCGAAGUAACGCGAAUUUUAACUUAAGUUUAGCCUGUACCUAAGCGAAUGAAUGAAAUUUCCAGAGAGUGUUCAUAAUUAGAAAGUAAAUAUUCGCUUACCACGAAAAGUGAAGACUUGCAACAGGGCUAAGGAUGCAAUACACUGGGAUUCCCUUGUUGCAAAACAGGUUGGAUUGGAAGUUACGCAGAGUGUGUCACAUAGAACUUUACUUGGAUUUCCUGGCAGUAUUACGGUCCAUGAAUUUCACAUUUCCGUCCUUUCAUCUAUUAAAUGCGAAUAGACCACUCAACCCAGGUAAGGUUUAUCUCUACCGCUUUCAAACACUAAUAAUGAUUACUCACGUGAAAGUUAAUAGAAGACAGAUAUACCGCCUGCCAAUUGUCGGUGAUGAUAUGCAGUCUUGCAGCCCCUAUGAGUCAUCUGCGUUAUUGUGUGUCAAUUUAUUUAACCAGACUCGCGCUACAGUCGUGACGACUAACUUAGGAAGAAAACUGGAGGGGAAAGUAUAAAGGCGUCAAUAAUAAACUUUAACUGAAUAUUUAAAUAUAUAUUGUACAUAUAUUUAUUUUUAUUAUUACAUGACAGAAUAUUUCACAAGAAUGUAUAAAUUUCCAUAAGAGCCAGCUGUUGCAACCAGAAACGCAAUAAGGAAGAGAGUACGUGGAGACAUACUCGGGUUUUGGAAAUCGGAGUAAUAUUUUAUGAAUACUGGAUUAAAGCCUGGACGUAUCUUGUAUAUGCUAUAUCCUGAUAUAUCUCUGGAGUACACAUUGUCUUUGAUACGGAAUAUUCCGUUCUUUAAAUGUUUAGUUUAGCUGUUACAUUGUCAAUUCUCUCCCUACACCAUAUUAAGUUUUCUCUCAUGUAGUCCUGUAGGGCGGUAAUGCGGUGAAUUGCGCCACCUGCUUCGGUUCAAGUCCUCAUCAUUCUCAUUCGAGUUGGCCGAGUGCGAAGAUGAAGAAGCAGAACGUUCGGACCCUGUCUCUGAUCCUCUGUAUGUUUUCUUACCUGCUUGUGGGAGCUGCGGUAUUCGAUGCUCUGGAAUCUGAAUCUGAGAGCUCCAGGAAAAGAAUCUUAGAGCAGAAACGUAACGAGAUGAAGAAAAAAUACCGGUUCUCCGAAGCUGACUACCGAGAGAUUGAGCGCGUGGUUUUGCAAGCGGAGCCCCAUCGUGCUGGGAGGCAGUGGAAAUUCGCAGGGUCAUUUUACUUUGCCAUAACCGUCAUCACUACAAUAGGUUAUGGGCAUGCUGCACCUGGCACAGAUGCUGGCAAGGUGUUCUGCAUGUUCUAUGCAGUCCUGGGCAUUCCACUGACGCUGGUGAUGUUUCAGAGCCUGGGAGAGAGGAUGAACACCUUUGUGCGCUACCUGCUGAGGAUGGCCAAGGAGUGCCUGGGCAUGAGGCGGACAGAGGUCUCUAUGGAGAACAUGGUUCUGGUAGGCUUCCUGUCCUGUAUUGGGACCCUAGGCAUAGGGGCAGCAGCUUUCUCCCACUUUGAAGGCUGGACCUUCUUCCAUGCAUACUACUAUUGCUUCAUCACCCUCACCACCAUUGGUUUUGGGGACUUUGUGGCACUCCAGAAGAAGGAGGACCUGCAGGAGAAGACGCCUUACGUGGCCUUCAGCUUCAUGUACAUCCUGGUGGGGCUGACCGUCAUCGGGGCCUUCCUGAACCUGGUGGUGCUCCGCUUUCUCACCAUGAACUCUGAGGACGAGCGGCGAGACGCGGAGGAGCGGGCGUCGGUGAAGAGGGAGAGGGACAUGGUGACCCUGUGCAUGGGCGAGGACGGACGCAGCAGGAGCACCCUCUUCCUCCCCAUGGAGGAGGGCACCAGCCGCACCAACCUCAUUCCCUCCCCGGCCGAGGAGCAAGAGGCUCCCCGGCAGAGACCGCGGCCCCUAAAGCCCCAGUCCCGCAUCAGCUCCUUCUGCUCCUGCAUGUGCUACCGGCUGGGCGCCUGCGACAGCCCCGCUCCCUCGCACCACGAGCACCUGGGCUGCCACACCAACUCCGUCUACUUCAACUCCAUCUCCUACAGGAUUGAGGGCGGGCUGUCCGGCACCAGGGACAACACAGGCCAGUCUUCCCCGGGCAGCACCCUGUCCCCUGGACGCUGCAGCUUCAGGGAGUUCCUGCGCACAAGGAGGAAGUCUGUGUAGCCUCCCCCCCUCCACAGCCGCUCCACGAAGACGCUGCAUUUAUUUUUUUACACAACAGAGACAAGGUUUGAGCUUUAUAAACAAGGAGCAUUUUCAAAACUAGAAUUUGUAAAGCAGAUAUUUAGAAACUAGCAUACUGUACAACAGCUUGUGGGCGCAAUCUUUAAAAAAUAUUUUUACAGGUAUAAUGAUUCUUACUGGCCUCAGCAUUACAAUGCUAUUAUUAUUAUUAUUAUUAUGUUGACAUUCCCACUUACAGAAAACACUGGGGAAUAUAUGGCACAUUGGGAAGUGGGACAUGAUAUUGGUUAUUUCAUAGUAAUAAUAGUCAUUAUAAGUACUGUCAUCAUUGUCAUGAUUAUCAUACUAACUAAUCCAGUGAAGAUUAUUAUAAUUAUGACUGUGAUUACUACUCUGAUUAUUAUUGUUUUUAUUAUGCAGCAUGUAGAUAUGAGGCAUGGAGUAUUAUCAGUAAAAGGAGCAUGGGUGAGAAACUGGAGCAUGUGCAUCUAUAAAAUACCCAAAUAAAGUGUAAGUGCUGUAGUUGAGUGAGGGAAUACAGAAUGCACACGGUUCUUCGCUGUUACUGUAUUUUUAUUAUAGAUUGAUGAGCCUCUGCGCGUGAAGCUUAUGGAUAAGAAGCGAAAUGCCUCUGGCGUCCGUAUUUAGCAGACAUCUUCUAGAGGCCGUCGUUAUAUUUUCAUGAAGAGAUAUUCUGAGAAUGUAGUCUGCGAAUUACAGAAAAAGGCUUUCAAUAAUUCAUACGAAAGUGUAAUUAAUAAAUUAUUCCAUUCCAUGUUAUUUGCUGUAGGCCUUCUAUAUAUGUAGCACCCUUCAUGUUAAUGUGCAGAGAGAACUCGGGUAAGUAUGUAUCUUAUUUUAAAUGCACAAAUUUAUGUGCCAUGAGGUAGACAAAUCAUAUUUUUCUCAAGUGACUCGCUCACCCAUAGUCCUCAGCCUCUUGCAGCUAAGAGUGUCUGCAUGCCUUUUAUAGGAUAACAAGGUCCUGCAAGCAGUACAUACCAGAAGUACAGUAUCUUGUGCAGGCUGGUCUUGCUGGAACAUGCAAUCAAAAUGAUGGUCCUUUUUCAGAAUUUGAAAUGUUGCAUUCCAAUUGAAUAUCAGCAACUUGUUUGAUAUAUUGCAUUUGCUGUGUUUUCCAGAAAUGACCAUAAUUAGGAUAUAUGUGAAACAAACUGUAGUUUUUGUUUCAUUGUAUGUGCAUAUAAUAUGCGUAUCGCAUUGUGAGUGACUCCUAAGAAUCACUCUCUCAGUGGUAAGGAAAGGUUGAUCCAGGCAUCUGUGCUAAGGAACGGCACUGUGGGAAAUGGUCACUUCUAAUCAUUUUGGAGGAAAAAAAUCAAAUGAAACGGGAGGGGGGUGGGGGAGAUGUCCUAACUCUUCUGUUGCUAUAGUGAGGAAUCAGACAGUGUUGCAAACUCUGUCUUGCAUAAGCUGGGAAAAUCAGUGAUGAAUUUCUGGAAGGUAAAAUGGAUUUAAUAGUGCCUUUUGAAUUCAAGGGUAAGCUUCCAGUUUUAUUUAUUAAUGUGGUUUUGCUUGUAUUGCGCCCCAUCUGAUGUCUUGGGAGAGCUCAUCCUAAAGGCUCUUUUUAGCUUUUGGUACUUAAUAUUACUAUUUGUGAUUUGUUUGCUCAGUCGAAGUUGGACAUUUUUCAACUUGCACUUAAUUUAUAAUUGUACAGAUUAUUAGCUCAUUAUGGUUAAGAUUUAUUGUAUAAUGUAUCAAUAAUGGUCAGUUGUUUAUUGCAAAGGCCCUGCUUGCUGAAUAAUUCCUGCAUGUUCAGAGGGGACAUUGUUUUGUAUCCAAUUUGUUGUUUCCUUGGAAUAAAAUUUGUGUCCUUGAUUUGGCACUAUACUUACUAUGAGUAUCUCUUUUUAAAACAACAUUUGAUACAGUUUCCUUAGUAUUCGAAAGGUUCGCAAAUUGUCAUGCUGUUUUAUGGGGACCUUUUUGUCCACAGGUUUCCCUCUUUGUUAUAUUUGUGAUAACAUAAAUGCAACUCUAUAUCAGACUGUAAAUAUUAAUAAAUAAAUUAUUCUGUACACCAAA